CUAUUCUUGUAAUAUUAUGACUUUAUUCUUGAAAUCUCAGAUUUAUUUAUUUUCCUCAAUGUGGCCCUAAUACUCCGUCGUACCACAGACCUACAUCAAUGAUAGAUACAAAUAAAAACACAAACAAAAAACAGUUAUUCAUUUCCAUGUUUACAGAUCCACAGAGAGCCACUGGAGAGGAGCUACAGAGCCUCGUGAGGCUCCGGAGCAGCAGGUUGCUAAGAGACCCCUGACCUAGACCACUACCGAAACCACGGUGCUUUCCGCCUGAGUAGCAAUUCUCGCGAGAUUUCGAAACAGCAAGGCAAGGCAGAGAGAAAAUGGAAGGCUGUGCUAGCUAGCUAGCCGAGCGAAAUCCAUUAAAACACUGGAAACUAAUCAUUUAUAUCCAAGGUGCAAAGAGAGACAAGUGGAAUGACACUUUGCACGUCCUGAAAAUUAGGUUUUGGCAGCCAUCUGCUUAUUGUUUGCAGAGACCUGUUACCUGUGGGUGUCAGUAUGGACCCACUUGAAGAUAACAGCGUCACUGAUGGUAAUAAUUCAGAGGACCAGCAGAGCCAGUCAGAAGGGGAGUCGAGUGUUAGGCCAACCAUGUCUCAGGUUAAAAAGUCCUGGGGCUUCAGGCGGACAACCAUCGCUAAAAGGGAGUUCUUGGAUGAAAUCGGAGAACUAACCCACAGUCCUCCACUUGUACGCAGAGGCAGAGGUCGUCGAGCCAACCAGACCCCCCAGCCUGCUCCAGAAAGCCCCCAGAGAGCUCCUCGUGCAACUAGGAGUGUCCUAGAAGAGCUCGAGUGGUCUGCCCCAUCAUCACCUGUGUCAGAGGAGGGCCAGCCGGCCUCAGAGGCUUCUGCAGGAGGAAGCCUCGACCCCAGCUUAUGGCAAGAUUUUGGGUCUGCCUUCCACACUGCUUUCUCACUGCUCGGUGGGAAUGAAGGCUUGUCACUGGAUAUGUCAGAUGUACUGGCAGUCCCUGACAUUUUGGAAGCCACUGAUGCCAUCGAGGCCCCUCCUACAGACGUUAUAGAAGAUACUGAGGUGUCUGAUAAUAUUCAAUCUGCUGAUGACAUGGAGAUCUCGCAGCAUGUUGCUCCUGACAAUGUGGCAGGAGGGGAAAUCGAUGAUGUGGUGUUGAUUUCUAGUCAAGAAGAGGACAGUGAUGAAAUGACUCUGAUACAGAUUAAGGAGCAGCUGGCGUCUAAAGGCAUGCAGGGAGACACAAGAGGUAGAGGGGGGAGAGGUGGAAGAGGAAAGGCCAGAGGAAGGGGGAGAGGCAGAGGAAGAGGCAGGGGAAGAGGUAGAGGAAGGGGCAGAGGGAGGGGCAGGGCAGCUGCGCUUCAAUCAAGCAUUGUAGAUGAUGAAGACAGCGCUGAUGAGGUGGUGUUUGUUAAUCCAGCUGAACAGCAGCAGCUGCAAGAGGAGGAAAAAGAUCCACACGGCCCUGCUCAAAUAGAGAUAUCAUCUACUAACUCUGACAUCAGUCUGAGUCCUGCUCAGCAAUCAAGCUCAGACUGCAUAGUCAUAGACACUGAUUUAGACCAGAUUACUGAUGUGACUCCUGGCCAGUAUGAUGAUGCACCAGAGGAGGUGGAGGUGGAGGAGGAGAGGAAGAAAGACGAAAAUGUAGGAGUGUGUUCAGGCACAUCAGACACAGAUGGCUCUGACAACAAUGCUCUGUACUGCAUCUGUCGACAAAAACAAGGUAAAAGGUUCAUGAUCUGCUGUGACAGUUGCCAGGACUGGUUCCAUGGCGACUGUGUUGGUAUCAGUGAGAUACAGGGCCGUAAAAUGGAGAAACAAGGGCAAGACUACAUCUGCCCCCCUUGCAUUACAAAGAAGCAGAUCCAACUACAACCGGAGCCUCAGCCAGAGAGUGAGUUGAGCUUUCCUGGAUGCUUGACGCUAAGUCCACCUGGUGAAGAACAAGAGGGGCAUGAGGAGCAGCAACAUCUCAAGGAGACUGUAUUGGUGGUGGAGGAGGAGGAGGCUCCUGUGAUGAAGCCAGAGCCUGAGCCUGAAGUUGAGAUGGAGACAGACAGCUCUUUUCCUCAGUGCAUUGGACCCGAGUGCUUCAAACAAGCCCUAACAGACUCUGUUUACUGUGGCACUGACUGCAUCCUGCAGCACGCUGCCUUCACUAUGAAGACUCUCUCUGGUCCUAAGGUGCCCAAGCCCAGAGGACGGCCACCGAAAAAAGCCAGACCCAAUGCAAAGGGUCAGAGGUUGGGUAGGAUGUCUAAGAGAUUAGCAGGAAAAGCUGAGGAGGAGGUGAAGGAAGAUGACGGAGGGCAAGAGGAGGCUGCAUCUCCCUUAGCCUGCGACCCCAGUCUCACAGAAGUUCAAGCCCCUUCCAUGCCAUCACCUCAGGUUUACACAGCGUCUAUAACGGACACUAAACAGGAAGAAGCCGACAGUGAGGCUGUUACUCCUUCAGAACAACCUCCAGAGAACACCUCAGCAGAUGCUGCUCCCUCUUCUCAGCCAGCCACUGAGCCAGAACCACCACAGAGCCAUUCUCAAGAAAAGGCAAAGGAGCCGAUCAACAGUGGUGUGAAUAAGCAGCAACCUUCAGAAUCACCACCCAACCCGGCAAAAACUGGUCCGUCUCCAGCAGCACCAUCCCCAUCCACCUCAGCUCCCAGACAUCAUGAAACGGGGGCCCUCAUGGUCACUAAGACCACAUACGUUAUACCAAAGAAGCCGUCUGCAUCCCAACAUUCGUCCAGCCACGUGUCGGCCUCAGCAUCAGGCCAAAAGCCUUCCUCAGCCCCCACGCUGCUGAACGAAACCAGAAAUCUGCUGGUGCCCCCUGCACCCAGCGCUCCCUCUUCCAGACCCUCUCAGCCCAAUACCCAGGUCAGACAGAGCAUCCAGCGCUCCCUCACCAGCAUCCUGUUUAAAAGGGUGUGUGAUUGUGAGGAUUUGGAGAUGUCUGAGAAUGAAGUUGCAAAGCUUGUCGCGAGCAUCGAGAUGGAGAUGUUCGACAUAUUUCGCAACACGGACAGCAAAUACAUGAACAAGUACAGAACUAUAAUGUUCAACCUGAAAGACCCCAAAAACAAGGGCUUGUUGUAUCGGGUUGUACGUGGGGAGAUCAGUCCCUUCAGACUGGCCAGGAUGAGCCAGAAGGAUAUGCAGGCUAUCAAAGCAUCGGAGCCAAGUUCAAAAGAAACAACAGAGGUUAAGGAUGCAGCUGCUAAAGCGACAAGUUCGCUACAGAAGCCUGAAGCAGUGAAGGUGGAUUUGCCCAGUUUGAAUCCCCCUAGACCCAAUAGAAGCACGGUUGCUUCCCAGGAACAGAAGAAAAGUCUUCCUGCUCCUGCUCUCAAGACCAGAAUAAACCAGCCAAGCCAGGUCACCGCUAUACCAGAUAUUCUCGCCUGUAUGCUGAAGGACACAACAUCGGAGCACAAAGCUCACCUCUUUGACCUCAAAUGCAAGAUAUGCACAGGCCAAAUGCAAGCUGGGGAAGAGGAGGAACCUGCAAAGAAAAAGCCCAAGGUUUCUGAAACGAGAGAUAAAUAUGAACCCUUUUGGAGAAAAUCUGCAGGAGAUGACUCCCCUCUGCUGGCGCCACCAGACUCACCUGACAUGGAUUCUCCAACAUCAUCCUUAAUAGAUCCUUCAUCCCGCCUUAUCAUUGAUGCUCCAGCAUUGACUAUAGUAGAAUCCCCUGCUUCCCCCAUAAUGGACUCUCCAGCCUCUCCCAUUUUAGAGUCUCCAGCUUCCCCUGUCAUGGAGUCCCCCGCAUCCCCAACUCCAGACACUCCUAAAUCCAUUAUACGAAAGAGAGCAUACACACCAGUUAUGAUCCCUGCUGUUUCCACAGUAACCAUCACAAGGCGUGACCCCCGCACUGCAGCAAGCAGGUUCUCUGCUUUGUCUAGUAGCACCUCUGGUUCCAGUAACGCAACCCAUCACCAAUCAGUCUCUUAUGCUCCUCUCAAAGAGACUGUCUCUGCAUUGCCCUCAGCACCAGCCUCCUCACGACCACCAGCGAAACCAUUACCUAAAUCUAUCUUAAUGAAACCAUCUUCCUCUGUGGAUCCCAGACUUUAUGGCCCAAGGACCGUGAUCUCUGAAUCUCCAGCUGAUGGUGGGACUUCUCAGUUCUUGGCUAAGCAAGACAUAGUGUGGAAAGGCUUCCUAAACAUGCUCACUGUGGCCAAGUUUGUCACCAAGGGAUAUCUGGUUUCAGGAUCUGUUGAAAAUCUCAAAGCGGAUCUACCUGAUACCAUACAAAUCGGAGGACGAAUCCUGCCUCAAACAGUGUGGGACUAUGUUGCAAAACUAAAGAGCUCUGUUACAAAGGAGUUAUGUGUGAUCCGGUUUCACCCUGCAACAGAGGAGGAAGAGGUGGCCUAUGUCUCCCUGUUUUCCUAUUUCAGCAGCAGAGGUCGUUUUGGUGUGGUCGCCAAUGGCAGCCGUUCCAUCAAGGAUGUAUACCUUGUCCCACUCAGUGCAAAGGAAUCAAUCCCAUCCAUACUACAACCUCUUGACGGACCAGGACUUGAGAAAAACAGGCCCAAUCUUCUUCUGGGUCUGGCAGUCAUCCAGAAGGCAAAACGUCCAGGAGGCUUGCCUCAGGAUAUUGAAGAGAAGAGACCCAAAGUUCAUAUGUCCAAAGACCCUAUGUGGAUCCCAAAACCCCCAGUCCUCUAUGGUUCUGACAAAUUGGAGAUGUUCAAACCCUACGAUCCAGAGACUCCUACAAGCACCACCCCUCCUGGCUCACCACCUUGCCCUGGGUCACCAUCAGACUCAGGGCAAGAUCAUUCCUCCUCUGGCUCAGUUACCAUACCAUCUUAUGUGACUUCCAUUAGAACAAACCCUCCUGUUUCUACCUCAGCUGCUGUUGCUGCCACUCAGUCCACCUCUAAUAGCAUCUCUGACAAGAAUCCCACAACAGCAUCCAGUAAUAAGACGCCACUGCAAACUAUCUUGAAGAGUUUGUUCGGCAAUAAGCAAACUGACUCUGUGGUCUCUUCUGACAGAAGUUCUACAACAACAACAGUUAGUGUUAAGAAGGUCGCAGUGUUUUCUCGGGCAUCCGGAUCAAUGGUGGAUCCAAUUGUCCAACAGUAUGGACAGAAAUCCAAAGUCAAAAAAAUAAAAGAAGAAGAAGAAGAAAAUGACUUUGAUCGACCAUAUGACCCAGAAGAGGAGUAUGAUCCAGCAAUGGGAUAUGGCAUGGUUGCUCCUCAGAGCAUAAAAACAAUUACGGCAGAUGACCCUUCAAUGUCCGGCUUUGUAGACGAUGAUGUGGCCUAUGAUCCAGAGGAUGAGACCAUCUUUGCAGAUAUUCAAAGUGAUGCUGUAACAAAGCCCCCUGUUCCAACUCAAACGUCAGAUUCUCCAUCAUGCCCAACAGCAAUUUCCACCCAGAUUGUAACGCCAGUUCCAACCUCCACUCCAGCGCAAACCUCCACCCCAGUUGCAGUAAUGCAGAACAUUCCUACAGGCACUGUGGUUGUCUCAGCUGCAACACUAACUGAACAACAGCGGAUGCUUGAGGAGCUCAAUAAGCAGAUUGAAGAGCAAAAACGGCAGUUGAAGGAGCAGGAAGAGGCACUGCGUCAACAGAGAGAGGCUGUGGGUAUGUUCAUGGCUCGCUUUUCUGUUUCUGAUUCCUUGAUGUCUCCCCCACAAAAAUCUUUGCCUCUCAGUCAACUGUCAGAAUCAACAGACAAGAUCAGCAACCCUACAGAGACUGUGAACAGUUCAAAUGUGGAAUCACAAACUGUUAAGCUAGAAGACACAACUGCCAUCCCUAAUUUAGAAAAUGAUACAGAUACUGUUACAGAGCAAGAUGAAACACAGGACAAUGUUAAGGAAACUGACAAGUAUUCCUCUGCUGGAGAGAUUGAAGAUUCAGAUGUAGCUUAUGAUCCUGAGGACGAAUCGCUUUUUAAUGACAUUCAAGAUGAUGUAUUUCAAGUAGGCAGUAUAAAGGCUUGUGAUUCAUCUUCGUCUAGAACAGGACAUAGUGCGGGCCGCAAGGGCACUCCUCUGAAUUCACACCACAGUCGAAAGCGAAGGCUAUCACCAAAGAAGCGGAGUCAUCAUGAAAGAGGCCGCCAUAGAAGUCCUUCAAGAAAAUCACAGCAGCGUUCUCCUUCACAUUCCCAGAGACGCAGAGAAAGGGAUAGACACAGGUCAAGGCAUAGAACUAGAGAGCAGUCUGAACGUCAAGGUCGCCACCGUAAAGAGCAUACAACACGCCGACAUUCUCAUGGGCGUAGAAGAUCCCCAUUAUCUCCUAGAAAAAAAGAUUCUAGGUCCCUUUCACCAAAUCAGCAGAGAGGACUUUCCCCACAAGUUCUUGAGAAAUCAAAGCCUUUAAGUGUUCUGUGUAAUGCUCCAGACUCUUCAGACUCUGUUCUUGGACAGUUUGUAGAGAGUAACACAUCAUCAUUUACCUCGGUGAACAUUAAAAAUGACCCUGAUGGACAUCAGCUAAAAAGUAAUCUUGUUGAGAGAGUUGAUAAAGACUUUUCUCCCUGUUCACCUGAACUUCUUAAGCUUGAGACUUCAGGACCACCAAAAUCCCAGGAGCUUCAAAAAACUUCAGUCAGUGGCCAUGACGACACAGGUAGUGGUUCUUGUACACAGGUGGAUAAACCCUCUCAACAGGAAACUCUGUUUACAAACAAAUUUGAAAGUACAGUUCCUCUAAGAGAAAGUGAUCCGCCCAUUCGAGAUUCCCCUCAGAGCCCUGAUCCAGAGCCACAGUUUGUGAAACCUAGCAGCAUAGAAAAGAGUGACUGUGUUAAGAUUGAGGAAAUCACAGAUCCUGAGAUGCAUACCAGUGACUCAACACCACAUGAUAAAGUUGAAAACAAUUGUCUGCCUAUUGGUGGUCAAGCAACAAUGUCCAAUAUACUGUGGCCUGCUGUUGGAGGUCCCGUAUCAAAUGUUAGAAAUAUGGAUUUUAUAGCCUUAAAUCUAAAGGGCCAAUGGGACAUAGAUAAGGGUAUGAUGGAGGAAGACAAACAGAUAGAUGGGGGAAUUCCAGGCUUAAAGCAUCCAGACAUACUGGGUCAAGGGGGAGGACAUUCAAAUCGAGCUACAGGCUCAGAUAUUAAGAGAUCAGGACCUGAAAUAGACCCUGUGCCAAAGCAUCCAGGACCUGGUAUGAGUGGUCCUGGUAUUAGGGAUAAAGGAUCAAAUAUGAAAGAACUUGGACAUAGGGGGCCACAGAUAGGUCUUGGAGAAACAGGAAUUGUAUUCCCAGGGCCUGAUAUGAGCAGUCCAGUCAUGCAAGGCAUGAGUCCCAACAUUUGGGGUCCUGGAUCACACACACAAAACCUAUCUAGUUUGCAAGGUGUAAACCCAGAAGGGUUUAAAAAGGGCCCUUCGGCAUAUAGACCUGGGCUUGACACAAGGGGCACAAGGGAGCCUUUAUCAGCUAUGUAUCAUCCAAGUCCAGAAAACCCAGAUGGCAGGCCAGGUGUGAUGGAAAUAGGGAGAGAUCAAUCUCUCAGGGGUCCACAGAUAGAAGGUAGGGCUCCAGAUCUUAUAGGAAGAGGUAGAGGCCAAAAAGAUAGAGGUGAAAGUCCACAUAGUCCACGUAUGAGAUCUGCUAUGAGGGGUGGAGAUGUAAGAGAUUCAAGUCCAGAUAUAAGGAGACCAGGUCCAUCUUUUAGGGGCUCAGAAAGAGUUCAAAGGCAAUCAAGGCAUGACGGCAGUCCAGUUUUAGACGAAAGGGGCCCUCCUAAAAGGGUUUUUCAGGCUCAUGGAAGAGAUGCAGACUUGAACUGGGUGGGUGGUAGUCGAGAAAGGAGUUUAGAUUUGAAUGCAACUACAGAUUCAGCAGAUAGGCUAUCCCCAGCAAUGACAGAUGAAAGGUGGGGCCUACAAAGAGGUCAAGGUGUACCCAUGAGAGGACCAGGGCUAAGCAUAAAUUAUGAAAGUGGUGGGUCUAACAUGUCCUGCAUUAGACAAGACAGUAAUGGGCCUAGAGGACAUUUCAAGGAGCCACAGCCCGAUAUUAGGGCUGAAAGGAGUGUGCUUGGCCCUGACCAGAGAGAAUCAGAAAUUUAUAUGGGGCCUGGUCAAGAUAUGGGUAGUAUGGGUGGCUCAGAUACAAGGGGUGAUGGCAUGCCAGACAUUACUAAUUCAGAUUGGAGAGGUCCAAGACCGGGUGUUGUCUGUCCUGAUAUGAGGGGUCAGAGGAGUCAAAGUAAAGGCCUGGGUCCACAUAUGAGGGGCCCAGAUAGUGGCCCAGGAUCAAACAUAAGAGAUGAUUGGAGAGGGCCAGGUAGGAGAGGAUCAGGUCCAGUCAGAGGAGGGUCAUUUAUACAAGAUGAAUGGAGAGUCAAUCAGCCUGAUAGGAGAAGUCCAAACAUGGAGAGCCAGGGGCCUGACAGAAGAGGUGCUGGAGACCUAGACUUUAGAGAACCAGGGUCUGAAAUCAGCGGUCCAAACAUUGAGGACCUUAGGCAUGACAGGAGAGGAUCAGGAGGUCCAGAGUUCAUGGGACCAGAGCCGAAAAGUAGAGGUCCAACUAUAGGCAAUCUACGACCUGGCAUGCAAGAACCAGGGGGUCCAGACUUUGUGAGACCAGGACUUGAAAGGAGAGGUCUAGCCAUGGAGAGUCUGGAACCUAACAGUAGAAGACCAGGGGGUCCACAUUUCAGAGGACCAGCUAUUGAAGGUCCUGGGCAUGACAGGGGAAGACCUGGAGGUCAAGACUUCAGAAGACCAGGGCUUGAAAGGAGAGGUCCAGCUAUGGAGGGUCCUGGGCCUGACAGGAGAGUACAUGGAGGUCCAGAUCUCAGGGGACCAGGGCCUGAUAGCAGAGGCCUAUCAAUGGAGGGUUCUGGGCCUGACAGGAGAGGACCUGAAGGUCCAGAUGUCAGGGGACCAGGGCCCGAAAUCAGAGGCUUAUACAUGGAGGGUCCUGGGCCUGACAAGAGAGGACCUAGAGGUCCACAUUUCAGGGAACCAGGGCCUGAGAGGAGAGGUCCAGCUAUGGAGGGUCCUGGGCCUUCCAGGAGAGGACCUGGAGGUCCAGAUUUCAGGGGACCAGGACUUGAAAGGAGAAGUCCAGUUAUGGAGGGUCCUGGGCCUGACAGGAGAGGACCUGGAGGUCCAGAUUUCAGGGGACCAGGACUUGAAAGGAGAAGUCCAGUUAUGGAGGGUCCUGGGCCUGACAGGAGAGGACCUGGGGGUCCAGAUCUCAGGGAACCAGGGCCUGAAAGAAGAAGCCCAGCUAUGGAGGGUCCUGUGCCUGACAGGAGAGAGUCUGAAGAUCCAGAGUUCAGGGGACCAGGGCCUGAAAGCAGAGGCUUAUCUAUGGAGGGUCCUGGGUCUGACAGAAGAGGACCUGGAGGUCCAGAUUUCAGAGGGUCAUGGCCUGAGAGGAGAAGUUUAUCUAUGGAGGGUCCUGGGUCUGACAGGAGAGGACUUGGAGGUCCAGAUUUCAGAGAGCCAGGGCCUGAAAGGAGAAGUCCUGCUAUGGGUGGGCCGGAUCCUGACAAGAGACGUCCAGGAGAUCAAAACACUGAUGGACUGGGUCCUGACAGGAGAGGGCCAUAUGUGAGAGGUCCUGGGUCUGGCUUCACAGGACUGGGGCCUGAAAGAACUGGUCCAGGGAUGGAAGGUCCAGGGCCUCACAGUAGAGGAUGGGGAGGACCACAUUUCAGGGGUCCUGGGCCAGAAAGCGGACAACCAAAUAUUGAGGUCCCAGGGCCUGACAGGAGAGGUCCAGAAAUAAGAGGACCAAGGCCAGAAAGACCAGGUUCAGAUAUGGAGGGUCCAGGGCCCAACAGGAGAGUGCCAGGAGGUCCAGACAUGAUGAGACCAGGGCUUCAAUAUUCAGGUCCAAAUAGAGAGGGCCCAGGGCCUGACAGGAGAGGUCCAGAAGGUCCAAAUCUUAAAGGGCCUGGGCCAGAAAGAAGACCUCUAGAGAUGGAGGGAACAGGAAACAGCAGGAACUUUUCAGGAGGCCCACAGUUCAGGGUGCCUGAGCCAGAAAGAAGAUCUCCAGAUAUGGAGGGCCCAAAGUCUGAUUGGAGAGGUCCACACUUCAGAGGAGUGAGGCCUGAACAAAUUGUUAUGGAGGGUGCAGGGCCCGAUAGGCAACGUCCAAGAGGUCCAGAUUUUAGAGCACCAGGUUGGGAAAGUAGAGGUCCAGACAUAGAGAACCCAGGGCCUGGCAGACAAGAACCAGGAGACUCACGCUUCAGGGAGCCUGGGUCUGAAAGAAGAGGUCCAAAUAUGGAGGGCCCAGGACCAGAUUGGAGAAGAUCUGGUGGUCCAGAUUUUAGAGGCCCAGGCAUCAGGCAGAAAGGUCCAGAUACAGCAGGUCUAAGACAUAGAAGAGAUGACUGGGAAGGGGGUGACUUUAGAGGUUCAGAACCUGUCCAAGAGAGCCCAGAUAUAGAGGACCAAGGACCUUCAAGGCCUAGGAGGGGAAACAUUAGAGGACCAAGGCCAGACAUAAGCAGUCUAAAUCAGGAAGGCCGAUGGAAAGGGCCAGACUUCAGGGGCUCUGCACUUGAUGGGCGAGGCACAGACACAGAGGAACAAUGGUCUGAUGGAAGAGGGCACAAUAUAGAGGCUGUAGAAAAUGAAAGAGAAUGUUCAGUAGAUGAUUGGAAAAGACAUGGCAGCAGGGGUUCAGGCCGAAUUCACGAAGGUCCAGGUGAACAGGUUCAAGAACAUAGUAGGCAAGGUCCUUGUAGGGAAUGGAGAGGCCCUAAAAGCAGGGGGCCACGGCCCAUACAGGAAAGACCAAAUAUGCCAUUCCCAGGGCCUUUGAGAGGUCCAGGAGAUGAUUGGAGUGGUCCUGGUUGCAGUGGUCCAGGGCCUGUCCAAGGUGACUCAGAUAUGGUAUGUCCAAGGCCUGGUAGGGGAGGACCUGGAGAUGGAUGGAGAGAGCCUGAUAGAGGUAGUGCUGGGCCAAACAGAAGGGGGCGUGGACCAUUUUUCAGUGGGGAAAGAGAUCCAGACAAUAGAGGACAAGGCCAUGAUAGAAGAGGUCCAGACACGAGAGAACCAGGAUCAGAUAUGAGAGGGGGGAAUAUGGGGAAUGACUGGAGGCAGCCAGAAUUCAGAGGUAAUAUGAGGGGGCCAAACAUGGACGGGCCUGGGGUUUAUAGGGGAGUUCCAGACAGGAGAGGAUUUGAAAUGGAAGGUCUUGAUAGGAGGGGCCCCAGAGGUCCUGAUUUAAGAUGCCCAGGGCCUGAAGACAUAAAUUCAAACAUUGAAGGUCCAGGGACAGAUGGGAGGUUUUCAGAUUGUGGGGGAUCUGAGAGGCAAGGUGUAGACAUGGAAAGACCUGUAACAGGUAGACAAAGAUUUGAGCAUGAUUUUAGGAGGGAAGGCAGAGGUCCAUAUAUGAGAAGGCUAGGGCCUGGUAAAACGGAUAUUAGGGAGCCAGCACCUGAAAGUUCAGAUAUAAGACAUGGGCCUGGGAGGUGGGAUACAAACACCGAGGGCCCUGGGCCUGAUAGAAGAGGUCCAGACAUGAUGGGCCCAGGGUUAGACUCAAGGGGAUCGGAGCCAGCCAUGAAGGAUGACAUGCAAGGGUCAGAUAUAAGGGGCCCAAGGUAUGAGAGCAGAGGGCCAGACAUGACAGCAUCACCUCAUUUCAAUAGUCCUCAUGAAGUUGCCAUAUCCCAAGGCCCUAGUGAUCCACAAUCUGGACCAUACAAUGAACCCCUAGGUCUAGCUCAAAGCAGUGGAGGAAACUCAAGCCCCAGUCUACAAAAUCAGCAAGCAGUAAAGCCCCAGAGACUCAGAACUGCCUUACUUCCCACUCCAACAAGAGGUUUCAUACGCUUCCCAAAUCGUAUGAUCAACAAUCCUGAUGUCUUUAGCCCAAAACGAAAACAAAUAGGUCAUCCACCAGACAGGGAGCGAAGUAGAGAUAGACCAGUGAGUCAAGAACGAGAGUCGGUCAAACGGCAAAGACAGGAGCAGGAGAAAAGUCCUGCUGGUAAAAUAAGCACACCUGUAGAUGCAAGCACAGGGGAUGGAGAAGGAAAAAAGGAAGUGGGCAAUGACACUGAUCAAAAGGAUGCAGGUGUAGAAACUAAAAACAAUCAAAUUAUGGACAGUGAUGGAAAUAAAAGCAAUGUCCAGCCAAGUUAGACACAGGCUACAUGUCAACACAUGGACCCUUCAGGACAGUAAGACCGUCGAACUAGACCUGCAAGAAGGCUUAGUAUCAUCACAUUGAAUAGAGAUACCACAGCAUAACACACAUUGAAUGUAUUUUGUCUUAUUGAAAUUUCAACAAGAACUAUAGGCAAAGCCAUGUGAAAGAUCAGACAUUGUAGGUUGAUAUGGAAAUGGUCAGAAGUAUUUGAGUUAAUUAUGUUCUAGUGUGUCUUGUACUCAAAGAUGCAUUUUUUUUGUUAUUUGAUUAUGACUAAAUGGCUCUUUAAUGUAAUCAGUCACUUGUAAAUUCAACUUGAUGUGCAUUUCUAGUUGGAAAUUGAAAGAAAUGUUUUGUACAGAAAAUGUCCAGUUUUUUUUUUGUUUCUUUUUUUAAAACAUAGCCAUAGUAUAGCCUUGAUCUGGCUUUUAUGUUUGUCUGCUGAUAAAACAUGGCUUGUUUCAUUGUUCUUUUAGAAUGCAAGAGGACAAUAAAUGAUAGACAUUUUUUUAAAA